AUGGCAGCAAAAUCCGAUGGCGUGGGGGUCGUUACCGGUUUCGCCCAGCUGCACAACCUGGACGAGGCAACCGGCGACGAGGAGCCGCUGGACAGCGCGGCCAUACACAUCUGCCACUGCUGCAACUCGUCGUCGUGCUACUGGGGCUGCCGGAGCGCGUGUCUGCAGCCGCUGCUGGGCGAGCGGGACCGGCCGCAGCAUCAGCAGCAGCAUCAGCCCGAGGAGCGCCUGUGGCUGGACUGCCUCUGGAUCAUCGUCGCGCUGCUCGUCUUUUUCUGGGACGUCGGCACGGAUUUACUGCUGGCUCUGGAUUACUACUCCAAGCGGGACUAUCUGUGGUUCGGGCUCACGCUGUUCUUCGUGCUGGUCCCGUCGGUGCUGGUCCAGAUCCUCAGCUUCAGGUGGUUCGUCCAGGAUUACACCGGCGGUGGGCUCGGGGCCGUGGAGGGGCUCAGCAGGAAAGCCACGGCCGACCUGAGCUCGCGGAUCUACGGCAGGGACCGGUGCUGUGUGAUCUCCAUAUGGAUCUGGCACGCGUGUGUGCACGUCCUUCAGAUGGGACAGGUGUGGAGGUAUAUCCGCACCAUGUACCUGGGCAUCCAGAGCCGGCGGCAGAAGGAGCACAGGCGGCGAUUCUACUGGGCCAUGAUGUACGAGUACGCUGACGUCAACAUGCUGCGUCUGCUCGAGACCUUUCUGGAAAGUGCCCCCCAACUGGUGCUACAACUCUGUAUAAUGAUCCAGAAGAACCGGGCCGAGACCCUGCAGUGUGUCUCCUCGGUUGCCUCCCUGCUCUCUCUGGCCUGGGUCCUGGCUUCAUACCACAAGCUCUUGCGUGACUCCAGAGAUGAUAAAAAAAGCAUGAGCUACAGGGGCGCUCUGAUCCACAUCUUCUGGAGGCUCUUCACCAUAUCCUCACGGGUGCUUUCCUUCGCUCUCUUUGCCUCCAUCUUCCACAUCUACUUCGGCAUCUUCGUAGUCGUGCACUGGUGCGCAAUGGCGUUCUGGAUCGUACACGGAGGCACGGAUUUCUGCAUGUCCAAAUGGGAGGAGGUGCUCUUCAACAUGGUGGUGGGCAUAGUCUACAUCUUCUGCUGGUUCAACGUGAAGGAGGGGCGAACCCGCUACCGCAUGGUCAUCUACUACUUUGUGGUGCUUGCCGAAAACACGGUGCUUACUUGCCUGUGGUACGCCUACCGAGACCCAAUCACCACUGACUCCUAUGCAGUGCCGGUGCUCUGCGGAGUUUACCUAACCUUCGCCUCAGGGGUGGUUUUCAUGGGCAUCUACUAUGGGUUCCUUCAUCCCAUGGGACCUAAAAUAAGGGUGCUAGCUAGCUCCUGUUGUGCUGAGCUUCUUUGGGGACUUCCGUUACCCCCCGAAGCUGAGCCUAUGGCGCCCACUCCUGGUCCUCGGGCGUCCCAACCUACUCCCAGUCGGGCUUCCAUGGUGGACGACACCACAAUGGACACCUGUCUGCCUGUAUUUCAGGUGCGCUCGCCCGAACCCACUACUCCCUUGGGCCGAUACCGGCCGGAGGGACCUCUGAUUAAAAUCGACAUGCCCAGAAAACGCUACCCAGCAUGGGACGCGCACUUUGUGGACAGACGGUUAAGAAGGACGAUAAAUAUCCUCCAGUUCAUCACACCGGCGACUGUCGGGAUCAGGUACAGGGACGGCCCGCUGCUCUACGAGCUCCUGCAGUACGAAUCGUCCCUGUGA